AUGUCAGCGCCUCUUAAUUCUCGUGAGCCACGAAAUGCAAAGAAAAAGGCUAUGGAAAAUGCAGGUAAAGUGCCGCGCCCAAAAACAGAUCCACCUGUGCCAAAAGAGGCUGCCGCGACUCGGACUGGAACCACUCGCAGUGACAGCUCAGUGAAGAAUUUAGUAUCUUCCAAACUGAAGCAUCAGCGUACCUUUGCAGACGACUUGGAGGAGGAUAGCGGCGAUGAAUCUGAUGGUGGCAGUGCGGACUUGCAACCUGACAAGCCUCGAGCCAAUUAUCGCCCUAGCAAACUCUGUCGCACAUACGCCAUGCGCGACGUCUCAGCGUUAUUGGACUCUGAUGAUGAUCAGCCUGAGGAGGACAUCACAAACGGUAAUGAUUCUGAUGCUGACUGUGAGGAGAGUGAGGGCGAGGAACCUGAGACCACUGCCAUGAUGCUUUCAGACGAGGUCCCUUCGCUCGUCAGCAACAUUAAUGUCAACUUGAAGUCAAAGCAAGUUAUUCAAUCUCGUGGCAAAUCCCAGUCCGCCCGGGAUGCAAAGCAAGCUGCAGAGAUUCCAACCUGGCGCGAUUGUGACAAUGCUGUUUCAGAGUCCGUCGAUGAAACUACUACUGCAUGUGGCGAGUCCUCCGAACCUUACUCCAGCGAUGUUGAACCUGCCACACGGACCCGAUCGGCUCAGACCAUCGCUUCUCUCAUUCGAACAGAGAAGGGACACGUCAAAUUACUUGAUCAAAACAAUGAGACUCAGGGAGUAGUGCGGAAUGCGAUUAUCGAUGCCAAAGGCUACAUUAUCUUCGUCGAUGCUUAUCCUGAGCUUGUCGACAAAAACCAAGUCUCACUCCAGUCUUUGCUAACAGUGGCCGGGAAUCGUGGCGUCCACGCUAUUAAAGAACGUCUUCAAACUGAUGCGCGGUAUGCUGCUCACCUUGCUAGUUUAGUGGAGCCACGCAUUCCGUUAUUGCGCCGUGACCUGAAAGUGGCUGCAUGUGCAAACAUCGAUAGCUACUUUCGUCUUGGCAACAACUUGGUCAAGGCGAAGAAACUUAUGGAGCAGCAUGCAUAUAUAUAUGCCUUGAGGUUUGAUUUGAACCACGAUGCCUCGCCCAUAGGGAAAAAACCCUACCAGGGUGAGCUGCUGAUCUUUCUCAUAUACGAGGGAGUCUUCAGCGGUGCGAAGUCCAUCGGUGUCAAGUUUGCUGAGCGCUUUGCCGAACUGGCAAACAAUAAGGGCAAUCGUCCUGAAAUACCCAUUCCAUUACUGGCACUCGUGGCGACAGCGGUCUAUGCGGCCCUUUUCUGGAAGACGCUUGGUUCACCAGGGAAGUUCAACUUUACAGGGAAUCAAUUCAGCGAGACAUACGUGUUUCACGUCAGGUUCCUCGAGGACUUGAAGAGGGAUGCACCAGGAAAGUUUCACUGCAUGAUGGCUGACAUUUACGAAGCUGUACAGACCUUGAAACAGAAUGGGAAUGAACAUUUCGCUGAUGAGCAUCGAGAUGCGCUGGGGCUACUCGACCUGGAUGGCAUGGCAGAGGAUUAG